CUACGAACAGGUUGCGGGCGAGCUCCGCAAGAUGACGGCCUUCAUCCGGCAAGAAGCGCUGGAGAAGGCCCGUGAAAUCCAACUCAAGGCCGACGAAGAAUUCGCAAUCGAAAAGUCCAAGCUUGUCCGCCAGGAGACCGCCGCGAUCGACUCGCUCUACGAGAAGAAGUUCAAGCAGGCUGCCAUGUCCCAACAGAUCACCCGCUCCACUCUCGCCAACCGUACCCGUCUCCGUGUCCUCUCCGCUCGCCAGGAGCUUCUCAAUGACCUGUUCCAGCAAGCCCGCGAGAAGAUCUCUAACGUUGCGUCCAAGGAUGCCAAGAAAUACCAGAACGUGCUCAAGGGGCUAAUUCUCGAGGGCCUGUACGCUUUGAAUGAGGACAAGGUAUCCAUUCGGGCAAGGAAGAAGGAUUUCGGCGCUGUCAAGAAGGCGAUUGAAGAAGCGUUGAAGGAGUUCAAGAGCACUGUUGGCAAGGAAGCGGCGGCGGAGUUGGACGAGGCCGAUCCAUUGCCGGAAGGAUCUGCUGGCGGUGUAUUCAUUGUUGGUGGUCAGGGCAAGAUUGAGAUCAACAACACGUUCGAGGAGCGCCUUCGUUUGCUUGAGAUUGACGCUCUGCCUGCAGUCAGAGAGACACUAUUUGGAAAGAACGCAAACCGGAAGUUUUAUGAUUAGGAAGGGUGAGGUUCUCUUGCUCACAAAUUCUGCACUGUUGUCGUUUUAUUUCCCGCUGUUUCUGUCCGUAUAACCUGUGGUCCAUCAUCUUUUUCUUGAACUCUGUUAUUCGGAAUCAGCAUAGCUUUGUACACAAUCUCUUUCUUCUAUUUCUCUUGUUUUAUCCCGGCAGGGAUGGGCGAUGAUAUAUACUGCUCUAUAUACAAUAGAUACAAGUGCAAUGGCAAAGCCAGGCUGCAUAAAGAUCAU